AUGAACCGACAAAAGCAAACUCGACUGACCCGAUGUCGCACUGGCUGCAUGCGAUGUCGGGUUCGUCGGCGUAAAUGCGAUGAAGGUAAACCACGAUGUCGGAACUGCAUUGACCGGAACUUUCAAUGCCAGUACGAUCUUGCGACAGCAUUGGCGACCGAUAGCGACAUGCGCGUGCCGCUUCCCCCAUCGUUCCCAUACUUCACAGAAGUAGAUAUUGUGGCUGAUCCAUUUGAGAUGGUCUUUUUCUACGCAUACCGCCCUCUAUGGCUCUGUGCGAGAGCGAUCCAAUUUGUACACAACGAAGAGGGUUCUUCUCAUCUACCCCUCCUCCAUAUAUGGACUCAAUUGGUGGAGGAGCUGCAACAAUGGUAUCGUGAGCGACCACGGGAAUUCCAACCCAUGCUGGAAUUAGAGAUGGAUGAUCAGUUAGCUGGACCAGAAAGAAGUUUCCCGGUUGUUCUAUUUGCCAAUGGAGCAGGCUUGUUUGGCAACCAGCUGUACCAUACGGCUAUGUUGAUCUUACUACACAAUCGGCCUCGCACUGCACGCAUCGCCGACUUCCAUUCGGUUGCCAUGUCGCCGCUGUGGCAUGCGCAACGGAUAUGCAGUAUUGCUCUCCACAAUGAUAGUCGGGAAUGCUGGGAUCCAUGUCUCCUAGCAUCCUUCCUGCUGGCAGCUCGCCGGAUGACACAUGAAUCGCAACAACACGAAGUUGUACGUGGAUUCGACCGCAUACGUACGGUGACCGGGUGGGAUGCAAACAACAGCUUACAGAACCUGCGAGCCGAGUGGUGUCUUCUUGAUGAGACAUGGUAA